GCUCGCACUCCUCCCUGGGCGACACGACCGGGAUGUUGCGGCAGCUGCUGGCAGAGACCGCGAACUCCACGCUGCAUCCCUCGGCGCUCUCGCCGUACUCCGCGGGCGUGCAGUACGGCAUGCCGCCUGGGUCCCCAGGUCACGCGACGAGGGGCGUGGCGGACGCGCUGCGGCAGCGGAGCGCGUCCCUCGGCAGCUUCGGCGGCGUGGGUGACUCGGUCAGCCUGGCUGGGGGCUGCGCGUCAGGGUCGAUGCCGAGGGGUGGGGGGCCAGCCCCCAUCACGCCGGACGAGCUGCCGCUCUACGGUUCCCUGCAUCGACUGGGGAAGGGCCUUGCCGCGAAGGGCAAGACUCAGCCAAGUGGCGCGUUCAUCAUGUACGACACCAACAUGGAGGGGAAUGAGGGGCGCGCCGUGGACCUGGACGGCUUCAUGAACGGGUGCCAGGCCCACGGCGCGCCGCUGUCGAGGCAGGAGGUCGAGGCCUUGUUCAGCCGCAUGGCCCGCACCUUCCCGGACCACUCCCGCCGGGUGUCCUUCGAGGAUUCGCGCCAGCUGCAGGGGAUGCCCAGCCCGCUGCGGCAGGCCGACUUUGCGCGCGAGCUCAUCAGCUCGGUGGGCUGGCACGCGCAGAACUGCGGCGCGCCCCUGGACAAGGCCUUCCGCGGCCUCAACAAGGGCGACCAGGUCCAGGUCGCGGACGUGCGCGACGUGCUCAGCAGGCAAUCUCAGCUGAGCAACCAGCAGUGGACGGCCUUGGUGCCCUUCCUGGACAAGCAGGCGGAUGGCCAGGUGCCCUGGAAAGAGCUUCUGAGAUGGGCGGGCCUGGAGGUGUCCGAGCAGCCCCUGCCGAAGCCCCUGGGGGUGCAGGCCCCAGGCGCCGGCAUGGCGACCGGGCCCGCCGCUGGCACGAUGCCGGGUGCC